AUGCUUCGGUGGAUUUUUGGUGGUCGUGAUGUACAAAGCUCCGUGGAGAAAAGCGGGGUGUUGUGCAUCGGUGAGGAACAGCCCAAAAACUGCUUCACUGAGCUGCAGGUGCUGAAAGGACAUUUUGACAUUGUUCGAUUUCUGGUGCAGAUUGAUGACUUCAGAUGUGCGUCAGCAGGGGACGAUGGCCUGGUGCUGGUCUGGAAUGUGGAGACAGGCGAGCGUGAGCAGGAGCUUCGAGGUCACGCCCAGCAGAUCACCGCCAUGGCCGUCUUACGCCGUGAUGACAUCCGCAUCAUCACAGCUUCCUCGGACCGAAGCGUCAGCCUGUGGGACCCCGACACUGGCAACAGAGUACAGACCGUACUGGACCUUCAGUCGUCUGUCAAGUGCUUGUUGGUGCUGGAACGUUUGAGCGCGUGGAUCUCUGGUGGCGAGGAAUUGUGCGUGUGGAACAAAGACUUCCGUCUUGAGUGCCUCAAAGAGCAACACAGCGACACAGGAAUCAGCUCGUUGAUCGAGCUGCCUAAGAACUGCGUGGCCGCCGCUGUGGAUAAGAAGAUUGUCAUCUACAAACUGACAUCGUGCGGCGACGCUCUCUGCUUGGUGGAGCUUCGCAGCCUUGCGGACCACCAGGAUCACAUCCGCGCCCUGAUUAACGUCAACGAUGGCGUUUUUGCCAGCGGGUCCCACGCGGGCGAGCUGAUCCUCUGGGACGCGCUGGACUGCAGCGUGCUGGCCUAUCAGCACAUCCUGUGGGAGGAGCCUCAGAGCGCCGCAAACGCCCACAUCCAAGUGGGCGGGUCCAAGCCCAGCGAGAUGUCCAUUCAGCACCUCUCCUCCAAUGGAAAUUUAGUAGCGGCUGCGGUGGGCAGCGGCGUGUACGUGUUCAGCGUGGCCACCAGGGCGGCGGUGGCAUACAGGAAGCGCGCCCACGACUCGGACGUCCUGCACACGGAGCUGCUGUCUGACAGCGAGCUCAUGUCGUGCUCGGAGGACGGAAGCGUGAGGAUGUGGGAGAUUCAAGAACUGCCGUUAGCCGGGGAACCCGCCUCGCCAGGCUUCUUGGGGAUGUGGACCUUGGGACGCUCCAGCAAGCAGACGUGCGCUCCGUCCAAGAAGAUCACGGACGCGCCACCCAUGAAGUCGCUGGAGUUAACGGGCGACCUGAUCGGACACUCGGGCGCGGUCCAGAUGUUCCUGGCCUUCCCGGAGAAAGGCCUGGUAACGUGUUCGGCUGACCACCAACUGAUUUUGUGGAAGAACGGCGAGAAGCAAUCGCGCCUCCGAAGCUUGGCGCUCUUCCGGAAACUGGAGGAAAACGGAGGACUGUGA